AGUUGGCCAGGCAGGCCUGACUGACAGACAACAACAGCCCAAACUGACCAAACCAAAACUUACACUGAAGAGAUCCAGUGAGCUGCACUGGAAAAGAACAGGAAGAAGAAGUCUCGAUUAAUCGACUGAGGCUCUGUUUUGUGGAGGAGAGACCUUUCUGGUUCAGGAGGUCGCCAUGAAAAGCUUGGAUCUGUUACUGCUGGCAUGUUGCUUAUGCAGCCUGGGCACACUGGGAGUUGCAUCUGACGUGGAGAAGGCUCUGAUGGUGAAGCUCUUUACCAACUACAACCUUAAGGUGCGGCCAGCAUUGAGGCCUGAAGAGCGGGUGGUGGUUCGUGUGGGUAUGAUCCUUUCCUCCUUCGUUGGACUGAACAUGAAAAAUGAAGAAAUGAGCACAAUUGUUGUCAUGAAUCUGGAAUGGACAGAUCAUCGGUUGUCAUGGAACCCCAAGGAGCAUGAUGGGAUUGAGGUGAUGCGCAUCCCCUCUGGGAAGGUUUGGCUGCCUGACAUUGUCCUCAUCAAUAAUAAUGAUGGGGUGUUUGAUGUGGCCCUUCCUGUCCAUGUCCAGGCUUAUAGUACUGGUAGAGUGACCUGGACUCCCCCUGCACUUUACUGCAGCUCUUGUGGAGUUAAGGUAACAUAUUUCCCAUUUGACUGGCAAAACUGCACCAUGCAGUUCCGCUCCUACACAUACGACUCGACAGAGAUCGAGAUACAAUAUGCGCUGGACUCAAAAGGCAAAGAGAUCAGGGAGAUCCAACUGGACGAAGAUUACAGUGAGGGUGGCGAGUGGCACAUCACACACAGGCCGAGCAGGAAGAACAUGAACGACGAUCUAUACGAGGACAUGACCUUCUACCUCAUCAUCGAGAGGAAGCCUCUGUACUACAUCCUGAACAUCAUCCUCCCCUGCAUCCUCAUCACCAUCAUCGCCAUCUUUAACUUCUACCUGCCUCCUGAUGCAGGAGAGAAGAUGGGUCUGUCCAUCAACGUGUUGCUCACCCUCACUGUGUUCCUGCUGCUGCUGGCUGAUAAGAUCCCAGAGACAUCAUUGGGUGUCCCCAUCAUUGUCAACUACAUCAUGUUCACCAUGAUCCUGGUCACGUUUUCCGUCAUCCUCAGUGUGGUCGUCCUCAACCUGCACCACCGCUCACCCAACACCCACCUGAUGCCCAUGUGGGUCCGCAAGAUUUUCAUCCACAUGCUGCCUCCUUAUCUGGGCAUGCUGCGGCCAAAAGUGGAGACCCCUCUCUCCCUGGAGACCAUGCCCCGCAGAGAGAAAAAGGUGGUCGCCAUCAGCAAAGUGGCCGAUGAAUACUUCAUCCGCAAGCCUGACUCCUCCAUCCUGUUCCCCAAGCCCAAUAGGUUCCAGCCGGAAGGUAUGUGUACAGAUCUGAGAAAGUUCAUUGAUGGCCCCAGCAGCUACCUCACGCUACCUGACGAGCUCAAAUCAGCCAUAGAGGCCAUCACAUAUAUCGCUGAGGCUCUGCAGGCUGAGAAGGACUAUGAAGCUCUAAAGGAGGACUGGCAGUAUGUGGCCAUGGUGGUGGACCGCAUGUUCCUCUGGAUCUUCGUCGUCUUCACCACCGUGGGCACCUUGGCCAUCUUCGCCGAUGCCAGCUUCAACCACACACCCACUGACCCCUUCAAGGCCCCCUGAAACAGUGGGACAUUUGGUCUUCUUAAGCUAUACCCGUCCUGAUUUACCACCUCAACAAAUAGGGAAGAAGAAAUCACUGCGUUAAGCUGCAUAAAGAUUAUCUGGGUGUAGCUUACCAUCAACCCAUUGUGCCAACAAUGUAGAAACUGUUAUAUGUAAUCCAGGCAAGAAACUUGCCCACUGCACCUCACGUUUUCAGCUGCCAUCUGUUAUCAAACACUGCCAAUUUACUUUAUUUUCAUGCAUGACUAGCACCCCAAAUGACCUCAAAAUUUGCCUUUAUUGUGGACAGUGUCAAUAUUGAAAAACAUCUUGACAAUAUCCAUAUCGUGACAAACAAUAAUUUCUUAUACAGCACUCUUAUUAAUGGCCAUAUGGAAGGCAAAGACUGUAAUUUCAGCACAUAAGUCUUUGACCCAGUAAAGCAUGAGUGCUGUACAACCAGUUCUUGACCCUCACCUGCACCACUGCUUCACAACCAAAGUUGACAAAAUUUUGACAGUCCACGUCAAUUUUUGGACAUAAUGCAUGAACAGAGGGGCAUGCAUCUUUAUUCUUCCUACCCUGAGAGGAUGGCAUGUUGUUUGACCAGCUGAGGCUUGUCAGAUUGUGAGGGUUUUUUUUCUGCAUUCAACCUCAAUUCGCAAGUGAAUGAACAUCUUGAGAUUCCUUGGCUGAAUGAGCACAAGUGCUCAAGAACUUCUCGGCCUCAGUAUUGUUGCCUUAAUCACAUGGAAAUGUCAUGGACAGAUCUCUUGACAUAGAUCAUUUAAACUAGCCAAAACUGCCAUAUGUGUGCAAGGGCACUGAUACUUUUAUGAAAUAUAACAACCAAGUCAAUAUUAGUGUACAUUACAUGUCUAUAAAUACAUACAUCUGAGCUACUGGUGUGUUUUUUAAUGUAUCCCCCUACAGUGGUGGUUUUGAUAUCUUACAAAAAUGCACAUGCAACGGUUCAUAUAAUAUCUAAUGAAUUAGCAAGCAACGAAUGGCAUUGUUAUCUUGCGUACUUCUCGUGAAGUUGUGUACUGAACAUAAAGUUAUAUAACUUAUGUUUAGGCAAGUAAAGUCACAUAGCUUAGGUUUAGGAAAGUAACCGUUGCAUGUAUUAGGUUUAGGAAAGAAACAUGGUUGGGCCUCAUCACGUUACACACCUAACGUAAAAUUUCAUUCUUAAAGCAAAGUUGCGUUGGUUAGGUUUAGGCAAAUAAAGUUACAAGGGUUACCUUUAGGAAAGUUACAUUACAUAGGUUAGGUUUAGGAAAAGUAUGUACAGAAGAUUAGGUAUCGAAAAAGAAACUUGAUUGGGUGUCAUCUCAUUAGGUACUUAACGUAAAUUUAUGUUCUUGAUGUAGAGUUACAUAUGUUAGGUUUAGGAAAAGUAUGUACAGAAGAUUAGGUAUCGAAAAAGAAACUUGAUUGGGUGUCAUCUCAUUAGGUACUUAACAUAAAUUUAUGUUCUUGAUGUAGAGUUACAUAUGUUAGGUUUAGGAAAGUUACGUGUCGCAGGUCAGGUUUAAGAAAGUAAAGUUAUGUAGGUUAAGUUUAGGAAAGUAAAGUUACGUAGGUUAGGUUUAGGAAAGUAACGUUAUGUAGAUUAGGUUUAGGAAAGUAACGCUACGUAGAUUAGGUUUAGGAAAGUAACGUUACGUAGAUUAGGUUUAGGAAAGUAACGUUAUGUAGGUAAGGUUCAGGUUCAGGAAAAGCAACUUGGUUGGCUGUCAUCACUUUACGUACUAACAUAAAGGUAUGUUCUUCAUGUAAAGUUAUGUGGGUUAGGUUUAGGAAAAGAAAGAUGGUGAUGAAGUACCCUCCAUGGAACAAGAACAGCAGUCUCCUGGGGUAAAGUCAUAGAUAAAUAAUAAUACCUAAGUACCGGAUGCCAAGAUGUUGACUAUUCAUUCUGAUGAGAUUGCUCGCUUGGAACACGUGGCAAAAAAGUUUUUAGUUCCGGGUUUACUUCCUCAGUAUGUGGCCCACUGAAUAUGCGCAGUAGCAUUUCUCCCACUGGCCCUGACUGUGAGUCUAUGAGCCCACUCGGCUCAUAGACUUUACAUUGUGAUGAUGUCACAGAUUUUUAAACUGCUUUUCUUACCUCCAGGGAAGUUUUACAAAUAUAAAACCUCCAUGGAUCAAAAAUUCAUAAUGGAAAGAAUAAUUUCUGACCAAGUUUGCAGUUCAAGUGUCCUGACAAGUUUUACAGACAUGUCUUUUAUAAUGGUGGUCUAUAGGGAAAAUGCUUUUUGCUGCAAUGCUGAGCAGCAUUCCUGUUUGACCCAUCCACCACCGAAACCUAUAUCCUCAUGCAGACUUUUGCUGUUUGUAUUACUUCCUUCUUUACUCUGUAAAUGCAUUGGUCACAUAAUUGCAUGGGUUAUAUAUGAAUUCUGGUGCAUUGCUUGUUGUAGCUGUACAUAUGAACAGUGCAUGAGAACAGCCUGGUUACUUUAGUUUAUUAGUUAUAGCAGGACUCUGUGUCUGAAGAGCUUGGAUCCGGAGAUGGAUAUUCAUAUGCGGUGUUCACACAUAAACACCAGGACAAACCAGAUGCUAUAAUGAGCAGGCUGUAUGCCUUUCAUUUCCCUGUGUCAGAAUGUGCUGGAGUGUGGCACAUGCUUUGUGGAUAUAUCUGCAACCAUAGUAAUCCUCUUUGUAUUUUCGGCACCCUAUGUGUGUUUGCAUGGAGGCUAUUCUUAUGUUGGAGUCCGGAGCAGAAUGCCAACUCAAUUCACCAGCUGCACCAAUAGCCUGUGGAAUUCCCAUUAUAUAGGAGACCUGUGCCUCUCAAUGUCUCGCUUCUCGCAGACACACACCACAUGUCCUUUCUCUCUCACAUGACAUAAACACACACCUGCCCCUUUAAUCUUGUGUUUCAUUUUGUUUUUGUUUUUUAAAUAAAGAUCUGAGGGGAUGAUAUCAAAGGCUC